GCCGCAACCCGUGCCCGACGAACGCGCUGGCCGACCUCAAGGUGUGCGCCGACGUGCUGGUGCUGCUCAAGCUCAAGAUCAACGUGCCGGCCAACCAGCAGUGCUGCCCGAUGAUCGGGCAGCUCGUCAAGCUCGACGUCGCCGCCUGCCUCUGCGCCGCCAUCAAGCUCAGCGUCCUCGGCAUCCCCGUCAACCUGCCGCUCGACAUCCCCCUCGUCCUCAACUACUGCGGCCGGAACGCAACCGCAGCAGGCUCCAAAUGCUCGUGAAGUCCCAACAUACAGCUGAUUAAAAAAAAAAACAUGCAUGCAUACUACUCCUACCUACGUAGUACGUACAUUGGUGUGCUUAAUUUACCUUCUCAUGUGUGCCAUAGGUUUGUUGUAUACGUAGAUGUUUCGUUGAUUGGCAUGUCGAUGAACAUCCCGAAGGGAAAUCGCAGAGUUGUUUGUGUUUUACUGCAAAUAAUAAACGUUACUUCGGUUUUGUCAACCGCAUGUGACUGCUAAUUUCUCCCCUGUAUGUCCAAGCAUAAAUGUGAUCUUCUCUCUAUUCA